UCCUGGGUACGGGCCUGCUGAUACUUAUUAUACUAUUACUUCAGACUAAAACAAGAUUUGAAAAAGAAAUUCACCAGCUCUCUUUUCUAUUGUAGUGUUUUUCACUGAUUCGACAAGGCUUCAAAAGCGCGUUUAGAAGGCGAGUAUAAGAUUCACCACUCAUGUCUGAUUAAUGAAUCGUUUGUACAGGCCUAUUCCCACAUUUUGUUUUUACAACGGUUAACCGAAUCGCUCUAUAAAAUACAUUUUACUGUGCCAUUUUGUUCCAAAAAUUAUAGCAUAUUAUUUCCUAUUUUGUUUUUUUCUCAAUAAUGAAGAUUGCCAAUUUAUAAGUUUUAGCAUAAUUGAAGUAAGAUGGGAAAUUGCUAAGGGAAAAAAAAGUCAGUUUAACUAAGAAUAACGAAACUUUAAUUCAAAAAGGUAUUAUCAUUUUCAGCUGCUUUUAUGCAAGUGAUUAACUACAACCGCGAAAAAGUAAAAGCAAAAGCUACGAAAAGAACUUCGCGACUCGUAUCUAAAAAAGCACGACCCGUCUCACUUCAGCAUUAAACAGCGGAGACGAACUUGGGUAGGCGUGCAAGCCGAAAGCGUUGUUGCCUGACUGAACCCAAGAGGUUCUGCAUGUAACGUGCAGAUGUGAAAUUCUGCGGUGCUUGACAGUUUCUACUCUCCUCGACAGAGAUACAAAAACAAAGGUGAUGGCCAACGCAUCAAACACGAAUCACUCCCGCAUCUACAAGCACAGCCCAUUGCCAGUCCCUACAAAAGCUACAUUCGCGGCUGUCUUCUUCCUCUGUGGAGCAAUAGGAUUUAUAGGCAAUACGUUAGUGUUAGUUUUCGAGAGGAAAAAACGCAAAGCUGCAGACACACCUUCAAAGCGAAGGGCCUUCGAGCGAUCGCUUACUCUGUACUUAUUGAAGAGCUUGGCGCUUACGGAUCUUUUGUGUUCGCUUAUGGGCCCUCCUCUAUAUUUAAAUAUGUUGUACGAAAACCACACAGAAAAUUGGCACUGCGUUGUUAAUAGUAUCCUUAUAUUUUGUUUUCCUAUUAUAACGAUCUUGAAUCUUGUUGUCAUAAGUCUUGAUCGCUACAUGGCGGUUUUCCACCCGUUUCGAACAUUCACGCGCGCCUUCGCAAAAAAGCUUGUGAUGGCUGCGUGGAUCGUGGGUGCAAUUCUAGCGGUCGUACUAGCCCUUCCGGUCAAAAACAUGUACACAGAGCUAGACGAGAGUGUGUAUACGUUCUUAUGUAUAGGGAGCAGCAAGGAAGUGUGGGAAAAAGUAGUUAUUGGUGUCAUUACCAUACUAGUUUACUUGGUGCCAAACGCCAUUAUGUUUUACGCGGCUGUGACCGUAUCUAGGUUUCUACGCAAGAGAAGCCGUGAGAUUCAAGACUCCGCAAAUAUCCAUUCAAAUAAUUCUCAGGGCCGGCGUUUUAAGCAUACCAAAAUGUUCAUUAAUGUCAUUUUUGCAUUUUGUAUACCAUACUCAUUUUUUUUCGUCUAUAACUUGGUAAAACGCUUUGCAGGGUUAGAAUUAAGUUAUGAGCUCGAUUUUACGAUAAGGAUGUCAGGUGGUGUACUAGCGACAUCCAAUAGUUGUAUUAAUCCAAUGAUUUACCUCUUUUUUUAUAAAGAUUUCAGAAGAGAGCUUAGGAAUAUAAUAUGCCCUCGGCAGGUCGUGUAUGAUGUAAGUAGACAAAGGCAAGACCUUUACAUGGCGGGCAGAUCAGAAGGGCGCAAUAGAGCCGGUCCGAAUUUGCCAAAUAUACCCGAACAAAAGAACACUAUUGAGACAAGGCUCUGAGUAUGCAUGAGGCUUAAGCUUUCCAGAAACACAAUAGGGUAGAUACAACCUUAUUGUGUAUAAUGUUAUUCUCAUAAAUAAAAUACG